UUGAAGCACAGUACGUUAAAAUAAGUUUUAUACUAUCUAACUAACGUUAUAAAAUGGUUUCACACAUAAUUAACUAUAUAUAAAAAAAUGACCUAACCUUACUUACACCUUGUACUUCAAUUUAACACAUUUUACAAAAAUGGGUAGCAGUUACAAUGGAGAUUGUUCCUCCAAUGGAAGUUACCCCCCCAACGACCCAAGUUACAUCUACAAAAUGCAACAACUAAGUCUAUCGCAAAACUCCAACCCCAGAAUAUACGAAGUGCACAGCCCCAUGAACUCCGUACCAGGUUCUCCUACAAGAUACGCUCACAAUCCUAAAAUAUACAACAAAUUCAAAGACGGUAACAAGUAUUACAGUGCCCCAAGUCCGACACAAAGUUUAAGUGGAUCCUCCCAACACAGUGGAAGCCCCCGGACAAGCCUGAGUUACGACAACAAAAACUCACCCUUGUACGAGAACUUGGAGUACUAUGGUGCUAAUGCACGUCCUGGUUAUUAUUAUGCUGAUUCCAGAGUAUCAAGUCCUCGUGCAAGUCUUGCAGGUUCUGACAACGGUGUUGUGUAUGAAUCAAGUCACCGUAAAGCUCAACCGCAGGUUCCUAGAUA